GCUUUUGUUGUGCCCAUAUAUAUAUAUAUAUAUAUAAGCACAAGCACUAUACAUAUCCGUCAGAAGCCACCACACGUUCAUUAGACUUCCAACAAGAGCUCUCUCUCUCUCUCUCUCACUCUCGUGCUUUCCUGCUUCGCAAGAGCUGCAAAAAUGGAAGGUGGGAAUGAGUAUAAGAAAGGUCUUUGGACAGUGGAGGAGGACAGAAUUCUGACGGAUUACAUCAGGGUGCACGGCAAAGGCAAGUGGAAUCGUGUCAAUAAAGUCUCAGGAUUGAAGAGAAGCGGCAAAAGUUGCAGAUUAAGGUGGAUGAAUUAUCUAAGUCCCAGCGUGAAGAGAAGUGACUUCUCGGAGGAAGAAGAUGAUCUCAUCAUUCGACUCCAUAACCUCCUUGGCAACAGGUGGUCUUUGAUUGCUGGGCGUGUUCCUGGGAGAACUGAUAAUCAAGUCAAGAACCAUUGGAACAGUCAUUUGAGCAAGAAGCUCGGUGUCAGUUCAAAAAGAGGAAAGCCAAAAGCCAAGACUUAUUCCGACUCAAAACGAGCAAAAAAUAAUUUCUGCACGCCCUCAUCAGAGUCAAACUCCAAGCUGCAACCACUUCCCAAUUCCGAAUCCAAUUCCAAAAUUUUCGGUGACCAUGAAGCUGCAGCUGCCAUUGAUGGAUUUGAUGAUGAGAUGAUGAACAUCCAGGACCACAGUUUCUCUAAAAGUAAGGUUGGUUUUAGUGGCAUGUGGGAGGCGGUGAGUAAUGAAAAAUUUUGGUUUCAUAAUGAUGACCUUAAUCUAUAUAGCCCUUAUUUACGGGACCCUACUCUGGAUGAUCACUACCCUUUUCAAUUUGAUAAUUUGUAAACUUUGUUAUUAUAUUUUGUAUGUCUUAAUUCUGUAUUUACACUAAUUCAAUAUCUAAAUUAUAUUUU